ACAAAGCGAGCAUUGAGCUCCCACCCUUCUUCCUCCAUCUCUUUGCUUGCCUGCCUUGUAUUUUCCUUGGACAUUGCUGUGCUUGUGCGAGCGAGGUAGCCAUCCUAGACAGACAUUGCCUGUAGAAGGCUUGGGCAUGGCGGCCGCUGUGUCCUUCUCCCGGGUGCGGGCCCUCCCCACGUGGUCCAGCUCCGUGUCCGGCUCCGGCGACGAUCACCACUCCUACUCCUACUCCGUGGUGGCCAUGUCGCGGCCCCGGUCUAGUGCGCGGCCGCUUCGGUCGCCGGCGCGGAUGAUGGGCAACGUGAACGCCGGCAAGGGUCUGUUCGCGCCGCUGGUGGUGGUGGCGCGCAACAUCAUCGGCCGCAAGCGCUUCAACCAGCUGAGGGGGAAGGCAAUCGCGCUGCACUCGCAGGUCAUCACCGAGUUCUGCAAGACCAUCGGCGCCGACUCCAAGCAGCGGCAGGGGCUCAUCCGCCUCGCCAAGAAGAACGGGGAGAAGCUCGGAUUCCUGGCCUGACCUGACCAUCCAUGAGACUCUCUAUAUAUUAUGAGUGUUUAAAGUACAAGUUCCCCGUCCAUCAUCCAGUAUUAUUCCAGUGGUGACGAAAAAACAAAAGAAAACAAGUGAUGCUUCCGUUCAGUGUCAGAUGCUUGGCAAGUGAUCUGCUUGCUUGUUGCUUCUUCAUUCCUGCACGACUUCAUUAUUACCUGUUCUGUUCCUGGACAUUCCGUACGUAGCAUUUCAUUUCAUUCAGGACCUGACUGAUGAUAUGACGAUGUAUCCCAAUCCCAUUCGAUUAUUACAAGGAGCCUGCUAGUAUUUGACCGU